AUGCAGAUGCCUCGCAUCCUCAAAGUACGACGACAGGUCAACCCAGCCGCCUUUUCCGGUCUCACAGACCAGAUCUCCGGCUUAGGUCAAUCUGCCGGUAACAAAGCCAAGAUCGCCACUUCUGGCCUCUCCAAAACCCAGACCACUCUUGUUGUCAUCUUCGUUACUGUUGCAUUCCUUCUUGCCGUGGCGGCCAUCUUCUGGCUCUGCUCCUGUUCACGACGUCGCAAGCGCGCCCGAGAGAUGCGCCACAAGUCAGAUCAGAUGCAGUCUCUGCCCUCUUCCAACAGCCUCAGCUCUACCGCUAAGGCUGAUCGCUCGUCGAACCGGAUGAGCGGAUUAAACGAUGGGUGGGCAGAGAGCAGGCUUGCUCUCAACUCGAGCUUUGUUUCUUCCACCAACGAUAGCUAUGCGUGGAACCAGAGUCAGGCGCAGUUGCCCAACCCUUCGAUGCCACGAGCGCCUCAGCAGCCUUUCAGGUACUAA